AUAGCCCGGCCCAAUUGUCAAUAAUGAGUGAAGGCCCAUGAAGUUAGCUUGGAGCGAAACAUAAGUGCUGAGUUUAGUUUCAAAAUAAAUCAGAAAACAAAAUUACAGUCAUCAACCAUUAGUCCUGGGGUUGGUUUAAUCGAGCAAAAUCGGAGAUCAAAAACCUCAAAAUCGAGAAACGAAACGGAAAUGGAAGCAUCAGAUCCUGCUUUUCCCGUGCGCCACACAGCGCUCAGUUCUGUUAUCAAGGGGCACAAGACGGAAAUAGUCAUAAGCAGCUACGAGGAUCAUUUUCUCGUUAUUGCAACUCAGAUUGGAGCUAUGGGGACAAUAUUGCAAGCUAGGAAAGAGGAAAGUGUUUCGGUUGAUUCAACUUUCAGUGUUACUGUAGUAUUUGGCAAACGAGAUGAGCCCAUGCUAGUUGCUUGUGCUCGGCAAUUAAUUGAACACAUUAGCAACUCCGGAUCGUCAAAGGCAUUAGUGUUGUCUCUUGGACUGAGAGACCAUUCUUUGGGAACGCUGAAGGGCAUAGUUUCUGCUGUAGUUGAGAAACUUGUUGAGGUAACUUAAUAUGAUUAUAAGACAUUGCAACUUUUCUGAUUAAGAGCAUGCCUUCUUCAUUAAUAGAUUAAACAUGUAGAAGUGGUCAGAUGUAAACAUUGUUUUUUGCAAGAAGAUGCAAUUACUGGGACGCGGUUUUGGUAUUGCAUCUUUCGUUAUAUUUCUCCUGAAAACUGUGUUGAAGUAACAUUUAGUUAAGUUGAGUCCAAUGGUUUUGCCUUAGUUUUGUGAGGAAA